AAAGUUCAAGCGGAUAUGAAACCACGGAGCCUAAACGUACAUGUUACAUGUGAUCUGGUUCAUCAGCUUCGUGUGUCUGAUUUACAACAACUACUUGGUGAACAUAACAUAAGCCGCAGUGGCCGUAAAAGUGAACUCAUUGAACGCGUUUUAAUAUUGGUUCGUCAGAAUAUAUCGGUUCUAAAAUUUAAAGUGAGGGAACUUCAUAAAAAAGCCCAAGAAGAAAGCGAAGCAUUAUUGAUCGCACCCGAAAAACCAGCUGUCCCCAGCCAGCCUGCAGCGCAUACUUUGCUCCCCUCACCACCAAUUAUCAACACUCCUGUAGUGCAGUCAAUUUCUCGAGCGACACCCAGCAUGUACCAACAACAAUAUGCUAAUGCUGUGCAAAACGAUAACCGCGGAGCACAAGUACAUGCCAAUGGUAUAGUACCGAUUCCAUAUCCAGAGACAACUCCAAAUCCAGGUUAUCCUAUACACCCGGACGUAAAAUUAAAAAAAUUAGCAUUUUUUGAUGUACUUGCAACGUUGCUGAAACCUGCCACAUUGGUACCUAGCAACACAACUCAACGCGUUCAGGAAGGUUCGUUCUUCUUUCAUCUAACUCCCCAGCAGGCGACAGAUAUAGCAACAAAUAGAGAUAUUCGAAAUGCUAACAAAAUAGAACAUACUAUUCAAGUGCAGCUGCGCUUUUGUUUACUUGAAACGUCUUGUGAACAAGAGGAUUAUUUUCCUCCAAAUAUUGCUGUUAAAGUAAAUAACAAAUUAUGUCCCCUUCCGAAUCCCAUUCCCACCAACAAGCCAGGAGUUGAACCGAAGCGCCCGCCAAGACCAGUUAAUAUAACACCAAAUGUAAAACUCUCUCCUCUAGUUGCCAAUCAUAUUGCGGUCUCUUGGUGUACAGAGUACAACAGAGGGUAUGCAGCCGCUUGCUACUUAGUUCGAAAACUCACGUCAAAUCAACUACUUCAGCGUAUGAAAACGAAAGGCGUAAAACCAGCUGACUAUACGAGAGCAUUAAUUAAAGAAAAGCUUAAUGAAGAUGCAGAUUGUGAAAUAGCCACUACUAUGUUGAAGGUUUCAUUAAUUUGCCCUCUCGGUAAAAUGCGAAUGUCAACACCAUGCAGAUCAUCUACGUGUUCACAUUUGCAAUGUUUUGAUGCAUCGCUCUAUUUGCAAAUGAACGAACGUAAACCAACGUGGAAUUGUCCAGUUUGUGAUAAGGCAGCUGUUUAUGACAAUUUGGUAAUUGAUGGAUACUUCCAAGAGGUGCUGGCGUCGAAUAAACUGUCGGGAGAUGAUAAUGAAAUUCAAUUACAUAAAGAUGGAUCUUGGAGUACUCAUGUGAAAAGUAACGAUACAUGCGCACUUGACACACCUAGUAAACCAGUGCAAAAAGUUGAGGUCAUUUCAGAUGAUAUCGAAGUAAUCACUACCGAUCCACCUAAAUCGAGCAUUAGCCAGGCUAGUGUAAUUUCCAGCAGCGAACCUACAUCUACAACGGCACCAUCUGCUGACACGGUUGAUCUAACGCUAAGUGAUUCGGAUGACGACCUUCCUCUGAAGCGUAAAACUGUAACGCGAUCGACAGGACAAGGUACAGGAAACGGCACCAUUGCUACAAUUACGAGUACCUCGAAUACAAUUGUUAAUCAACAGCCUGUUACAACAAUUUCAAAACCAAAAAUUAAUGAAGAAGCCGUCGAAUAUGAGAAUGUUAUUAUCAACGAAGAACUAAUGGAUAGUGAAACAAAUUAAAAAUAGUUACUAUAAGAUGGCCAAAUAGCCGAUGAUUAGGUUGCUAGAGAGUUAGAAACCUAUCGAUCUUAUAAACAAGGGUAUAUUUAUAUUACACGUUCUACUGACGAUACGACAUUCACCGAUAUUUUUUAUGUUUCGCGUCUAUAAAAAAGAGCUAACGCCAACGUAGCAGAUUAUAAAUGAAAAAUUCAUCUCAAUGACUGCGACUCUUACUAAUAGUUGUAAAAGUGUCAUUUUUUGUUUUGUCGUUUAGGUCUAAAUGCGAGAGUUAUGCGGCGAAUAAUCAAGCAUGCGAAAGCAUGAUGACGUAAGCAAAGCAGCAGGUCGAAAAAAAUUGAAUUGAUUGAGUGAUUACUACUAGUUACUGGUUCGUGAAACACAGUCCAUCAGGUUUUAUAAAAAUUAUAGUUUGGUUUGUGAACUGUUUUGAGUUACACUGCUGAAUAUAGACGGCCUUAUUGCAGGUAUACUACGAAAGGCUGAAAUCCAAAAAGCUGAAAUCACGAAAGGCUGAAAGCUACAUAAGGUUGAAAAACACGAAAGGCUGAAUCACGAAAAGCUUAAAAAUCUUAAGGAUGAAAGUUUAAGAAAUUCAUUUCUUUCGUUUUUUUGUAGGGCCGGCUCGAUUGCAUGAGAUGUAUGCUGUCCUUACUUGCUAUCGCUCGUUCGGACUAAACUAGGGAAUCACCCCUACUAGACAGUAGAGCUAGGAAAACGAACGAACCUAUACAGAGAUGAUUUCUGCUGGAGGCUGUCUCUCGCGCUGAAUCAUCUAUAAAACGUGUACAAGAGUUACGUGUGUAUAUUUUCAGAGAUGUCACGAAAAUUAUUUUUCGAUUGCACAAACUAACUAGGUUUGAGUAUUAAACCUUCUGAAGAUUCAUGUAUCCGAAAUUUUUAACGAUUUUGAUUCAAGUUACAAAAGAUUCAGUUUUUCAUGGUUCAGCCUUUCGUUCAUUCAGCCUUUUGAGCAUUCAGCUUUUCGUAGAUGCUAUAUUCUUUUCAGCAUUUCGAGUUUCAGCCUGUUGGGUUUCAGCCUUUCGUUACUAACCCUUUUAAUGUGACUUGAGUGAAUAUUUCAGUUUGAAUCAUACUCAUCCGAAUAGGGUAACGGGGGUAUUUUGGCCCGCUUUAGGAAGUGAUUGCACAAUUCAUUGAAAAAAACACAUGAUUUUUUCAACAUGAAAACCUCUAUCAUACCAUUGUUGAGAGCUAUGCUGCCGCUCCAAGCAUAACUAUCCCAGCGUCCAUAAGGUUUGCACAGAAUAUGGGACAGUUAUGCUUGGAGCGGCAGUAUGUGUCUUCUUUGCUAUACAUCGUAUAUUUCGAGCUGUGUGUUGAAAUAUUUUGGACUGAUCAUAUUUUAGAUCAUAAUCGAUCUUUUUAGAGUAGAAACAGUUAAUUUGACGAGAACAUCAUUUUGUCGUGAUCAGGGAUGGUAUUCUACGCGAUUUUUCGGGACUCGUAAGUAAUCUACGUAGAAAACUGUAUUCUGCGUUUUCUACGAUAGAAAACCUCUUGCAAGUAGAAAACUCUCAAACACUCGAAAAUACACAGCAUGAGUCAUAAAAUGCCAUUCGCUGCGCUCAUUAGGUGUAUUUAAGUAACGGGAGAGUUAAUAUAACAAAACGAAACACGAAGAAGCAAGAAAGUGUUUCCCCGGAUUACUUUGUUAUUAUGGCGAAACAAGCAAUGAUAAAGAAACUUAAAAAAGCAAACAAAGUUCUCACUCAACAAUUUCAAUUGUAAUUCACGGUUCAACAACAUAUUUGUUGUCAUCCAAAAAUGCUAAUGAAAGCAAAAUCGCAUAAUAUACGUCACAUACAAAAUCAGUGCAACAGCAAAGGCGCAUCUAAGGCCUGAUUUCUACAGAACUAUGCUAUCGCUGUCAAAUCUCAUAUAUUUAGAGCUACCCAAUCUCAAUGGUUCAUGGUUCCCCUGGCAUAUGUAAAAAAGCCCACCAAAAAUUCCAUGCAACUUUAAACGGUUGCAGGAAGAAUUCUUUACGCAUUUUCGUAAGAUUUGACGCAUUUUCGUAAAAAGUGGAACAACUCAUAAACUGAGUAACUCCGUAAACGCAUACUUGAGAAACAAGGCGUUUCAAAAACUGACUGAUUGUUACUCACUUUUUGGGUACAGUAUUACUCAGUUUUGAGUUAAGCAAUUACUCAAUAUUUGGGUUCUGAAUUGCUACUUAUUUUAAUUUACAAAUUUAUAUAAAGUUUCGAAGAUAAAAUUGAACAUACCUGGGUUCGUUGUUUGUACUGGCUAGAAAGCUCUAGAAUAUUUUGCAAACAGAAGGUAUUUCUAAUCCGAAAACUUAUGAAACACAUCAAAAACAAUUUCAUUCGAUGGAGAUUAAAAGCAACGAUUUUGAAUGUCAAAUUAGUUCUCAAUUCACACAAAAUAAUCACAAUUAAAAAUAAAUAAUUUUUUUAAACUGAAAUUUCGUUUAUUCACCACAAAAACAUCUUUGCAGGUUUUCGUAUAAUACUCGUUUUUGGUUAGGUAUUCUACCAGAGGUAUUCUACGUAGAAAACUCGUCGAAAACUACAUGAGGUUUUCUACAUGACAUCCCUGGUCGUGAUGUUUCCGCAAAUUUAGGUAUUUGAAAAUAAAAAGAUCCGGCUUGUUGCAGUUUUUCAGGCAUUUGCAGCCGGCUCAUAUCGUGAAAUGUAAUAAAUUAAGAAAUAAUCACCUGUAAAUUGCUUCAAGCUGUUUCUCCGCUCAGCGCGCAACGACCGAAUGGUAAACAUAGAGCUGUCAAAACUUGCCAUGGCCAAAAUGUGUUUGCUUUGGACAGAGACAAACAUAUUCCGACCAUGCCUAAAACUACUCCUAAUUUUUUUCACUUAUUAGAGUAUAAAAACUGUUUCUAUGGUAUUUUAUUGAUAUUACUAGAACAAAAUUGUUUGAAAAACAUACAUAUUUUCUACAAUAGCUCUCGGCAGUUUACUUAAAUACUUUCGGUUUCUCUUGACUUUGGGUUAACUCAGGCAUGAUUUCAAAUAUUUAUGAACUAAUUUCAGAAUAAUGCUACUUAGAUUCUGUAUUCUGCCGAAAAUUAUAGUGUGGUAUGAUUCUUCGGUAUAUUAUUUUUCUUAUGCAUACAUUGUUUUCUAAUAUGCAUUGAAUUUAUCAGAUCAGAAAUGCAUUAAAUGUGAAAAGGAUGGGCCAAAACAUGCAGGUGGGCCAAAACCCGUCACCAAAGAAUCUAGAGCUUUCAGUUACUCAAGUAUUGAUUGCAUUUAAAUCACAUCGGACCACCUACGACUAGAAUAUUCGGCCAAACAGACGGCCGAAUAUUCAACAGAACAUGAUGAUUAAAUGAGAAAAAUUAAAAACCAAAUUACUCUUGAAUUAAAGUGAAUUACCCUAGACAAGCUCGAGCUCAAAUCAUUAUUCGAUAAUCCGAAUUUUCGGUAGUUUUCAAAAAUAACUUUUUCCCAGCCCUAUCAUUCGGUGCAUCUCUAAUCAAAACUGUUAAUGUCAGUUGGUUUGUAUCAAAGCCCUGCAGUUCUGAACCAAAUUUGAAAACCAUCGUUCGACUAAUUUUUGAGUUAGGCCCUUUCAAAAUUUUAGGGAGAAUUCCUCAUACAAAUAUAUUAAAACAACGAACAUAAAUCAUUGUAGGUAUUGUUUUACAGGCAACGUAUGCCCAUUGAUGACCUUUCUGGAAGAUUUGAGCUGUAUUAGGACCAUCGGAAAAUUGUUCGGAUUAAAGAACCCCGGGUAAAAUGCAGAAAUUGCCAUUUUACCCGGGGCCUGAACCAAAAACAUUAUUUGACAUCUCAGUUUACUGGAAUUCUAAAGCUACGAACCGAACGUUAAAGCAACAUCAACAUCAGCUGGUUCGGUGACACCUGUCAGUUCUUAAAGAGGUCUUUAGUGAAUCCACAGACGAACAGACGUGUUACUCAAUGAUGAUUUCUUUGUCCAAUCCGUUUUUACGAAAAUUUGUCAGUAGGCAGUAAUCUCAUAUGGUGGAGCAUAAGUAUAACGUUGCGAACGAGGACGACGAUUCUUAAGGUUUUUGUUUUCGAAGAGGCGCAUCUGUUCGUCUGUUGUAAAUCUAUCAAUAUUACUUUUUAUGUAUAUUUGUGGAUAUAUUUGGGAAAAAGCAAUGUUUUUUCGAACAAUGCACGAACUUAGUUUUGAAAACAGGAGCAGAAUCGAAUGAAAAACAUGAUGUGUAAACACUUUUCUUUUUUCAUUUAUGUUUAGUUAUUAGACAAGAUGAAUGGAGCAUAUACUUACAUUAAGGUAGUAAUGUAUAUAUAAUAACUUGACAGGGGGGUAAAACUCACGUUUUAGGAGAUUUAUGUCAAAAAAAUUCUUUUUUCAUUGCCACGAAUACUUAAAAUUUCAUGACACCUACCAUUUUAAUUAAACCUUUUUGGGUUUAUUAUGUACAUAUUAUGAGCAAUUUGUACAAGUUGAAACCUAAUUUUUUAAUAUUUUUUAUGAUAUUCGAGGUUUUAGGCAACCAACUUAUAACUCCUGACUUUUUGCAAAUUUUGGAACGGGUCUUAAAGGCAUCGUUAGCCACCAAAAGCUAAAAUAAUGAAUUGUUCCAAUCAUUAAUUCAACUAACGAUAUAUGCGCCCUUUUCGCGAUAACUUGGGAGCGAUAAAAACUCUUCAUACCUCAAAAUCAUACAAAUCACAAUUUAAGCUCGCAGUCAUGAAUUACAAAGGAAGUUAUUUGUCUUAGAAGAAAAGGUUGACGAUUUAGGCUAAACAUAAUUUAUAACUUUGCUAAAGAUAUACCGGUACACAUAGACAUAGACGUAGUAUAUUAGGAAUAAGAACCAUCUAACAUGCAUAGGCGUAGCCAGGGGGGGGGGGGCAGGGUGUCCCCCUCCGUUGUUGACAUUGGUGCAGAAUUUUGUUUUCAAUUGCUCUAUUAGCACAAAACGUCAUAUUUAGCCCAUAGAAACAGUUUACAAUUUUAUUGAAAAGGUGGAAGUUUGGUAUCAACAUUGCAGCAACAUGAGAGCAGACCGUAAGAACUUGGAAGAGCUGGAUCAUAUAGACCUGAUAGCUGAAGCCCGUUCUUUCUUCCCUGCGACUGAUGUCGUUUUCGUUUAGCUACACUCAAACGACACUUUUGACACCGUAGAUGUUUUAUUUGACUUAUCGGACUACCCUUUUUCUGUCUCUGACUACCCUUUUUCUGUCCCUGACGACACCCGGGAAAAGCAGAGUGAAAUGUAGGAAGUUACCAACACAUUCACACGUAUGUGUCAAAACUGGUUUGUUUUGGUUCUCGUUCCACGUGGUGGAGUGUCAGGUAGUUUUUUUUUCAGCACAUUUGCGAGAAGGACAUAUGAAAUGGAAACGAGACAGAAUGACGAACGCGAUAAUGACCAAAACAAAACAAAUUGACAGCUAUCCCAUUAUUACGCAUACCAAUGCAACGACACUGAAAAUGUUUUAUUUGAAGCUGCAAAGUAUAGCCCGGAAAAAGUGUAGCUACACCGCGAAAACGAAAACGACAUGAGAAAGCAAUUAAAAUUGCACUUGCUCUACCAUGUGAAACAUGCACGAUUGAACGCUCGUUCAGCACAUUACGUCGGGUAGAAACCUGGCUGAGGUCAACAAUGGUUGAACAGCGCUGCCGUGGGCUAGCGUUUUGACGUAAGCGCCAAAUUUUCAAAUUUCAUUUUUUAUGUAUUACUAUAGUAUAGGUUGCCACCUUGAAGAUGUUUGUUGCAGUUUUCAAAAAUGUUGAUGAAUAACUGAGAAAUACCAAAAAUAAAAAGUGACGUUAGCGCCUUUUUGCAAAGAAGUGACGUUGAGGUACGGAUACGAUUAUCAUGCUUGUGGAGUAUAUAAUUUCAAUUAUAUCCUUGCUGCUGACCGACCAGUACGCACGGCAAACUAGACUGCUCAGGCGCACCGACGUCACUUUUUAUGCAAAACGUUGAAAUGGUUUUGCUAUUUUGCAGGAGAAGUGACGUUAGCGUUAGAACUCAAUGCACUUACAUGAAUAAACGUUUCAAAGCAAUGGGAUACGUUUUUCAAAAUAUUUACUCAGAUUCUAUCAGAUCAGAUUGCGUGAUAAAGCGCUUCUGUUAAUUUGCGAAAGAUUUAGACAAAAUCGCUUCUGGAGCGAUUUUGUGCUUCUGGUGCUUGCGUCAAAGUCACAGCCCACGGCAGUGCGGUUGAGUGCUCUCUGUUUGCUGAGUGUUCAUCGGCAAAUGGUUAACAACAAUCGUGCAUAAUUUACUGAAUUAGUGCUGGAGCGCUCCGCGAAUAGAAGGAAGAUGGUUUUUCAAUUAUAACGACAUUGUUAUUGUUAUCUUUCUACGGUACGUUUAGUGUAAAUUAAAUUACAGUUUAGUUUAGUUAAGUGUUAAUAGAAAAAUGAAAUUUAGUGUUGAUCACUGAUAUCUAGAUAAACAUUUCAAAAGAUCCUAUCUGCUUUUAAUGUUUUUCCGGAACGUUUUUUCAUUUUGGUAAUGGUUCAUCUUUAGUAACUCUCCCAAGCGCGGUUUUCGUUCAGAAGGCUAGAGUGAUCCAUCGGCUAUCAACUUGUGCUCGUGGUGAUUUAAUGAAAGUGAUCGAUCAAAAAAUCGAUCAAAGCAGAUUGGACCUUUCAAAAUGUUUCUCUUGAUAUGUCCAAAGGUUUAAAUGAACUUAAGAGUUUUACUAAAAAUUCUAGUAAAACUAGAAAUUCUGGCUACGCCCAUGCUAACGUGAACAGUUUUUAAGGUAUAUUUUUUAUAAUUGAAACAUGUUCGUAUUAAGCCAUCAAGAUAUAAAGUUUCCAUUGGUCUAGUUUUCGAAUUCCAGUGUGAACUGAGGUUUAAAUGUUUUUUUGGUUUAGAUUGACAACUGGACAUUUUACCUGUUUUUUUUAAUAGAAAAUUUUCCCAAUGGUCCUAAUAAAGCUCAAAUCUUUCAGAAAGGUCAUCAAUGGUCAUAUGUCGCCUGCAAAACAAUACCUACUAUGAUUUAUGUUCGUUUUGGAAGGGUUGUUUGAGUAUAUUUUUAUGAGAAAUCCUCCAAAAAACUACUAAAGUGCUUAACUCAAAAGUUAGUCCAACGAUGAUUUUCAAAUUUGGCCCAGAUGUGCAGGACAGUAAUGCAAUCCAACUGGCAUUAACAGUUUUGAUGGCGUAUUUUAUUUUAUAAAACGGUAUUUAGAACACCAUGGCUGUGUCAUGUAGGAGAAAAUCAGAUUUAGUUGUGUCACCUCCUCACCCGUAUCGUAGCAGCCGGCUGCCGGUCCGGCACUUUGGGACUUCCGAGGUGUGUUUAGCGUCACGUUUCUCGAUGCAAACUAGGCACUUGGAAAGCACAGCACAAUCCUUUGCACCACUUUAACGUCUGCAUAGGAGCCUCCUAUCGGGUCUCUUGCAGGUCCAAAUUUUCUGCACUUUCUCAAGCACAAG